GGGAAACUCGGAAUUCAGAAACAACAGCGAGAAAAAACGAAGAACAUUUUCCUUCACACACUAUCAUCGAGAAAUCUUCUGUUUGUAUCCUUAACCAAAUUUUUUUUAGGUCAAAUGGUGUACAUCAGUUCUUGGGAUGAAUUCGUCGAGAGAUCUAUACAGUUAUUUCGUGCGGAUCCUCAAUCUUCAAGAUAUGUAAUGAAGUAUAGGCAUUGCGAUGGGAAGUUGGUUCUCAAGGUCACUGAUAAUCGAGAGUGCCUCAAGUUUAAGACCGAUCAGGCACAGGAUGCUAAGAAGAUGGAGAAGCUCAACAACAUUUUCUUUACCCUGAUGGCUCGGGGUCCUGAUGCGGAUAUAACAGAAGUUUCAGGAAAAGAACAAGCAGAAGUGCAGCCUAGCAAGAAAGGAAGGGGAAGGAAACAGUAAGUGCUGGAUACAGAGGAAUCUAGGUUUGGGAAAAUUUUUGGAGGUGGAGAAGAUGACUUCUAUUACUACUUUGUUGAGCCAUUUGAUGCAAUUGAGAAAUGACAAGUAACCGUGUUGUUUUUUGUACCUUUACAGAAGGCUUUUUCAAUUACAAAUCGAACAUUGUCAUA